AUGGCACUUCUACCGGUCUCCGUUCUUGUUUAUGGCUCCACCAUCGAGUCCAUCAUUGAUAGCGUCCUGAAGGACGUACCGGAAUACUUAACCACAAAUGGCGAGCAGUCCCAAGUAGAAUCCAUUGAGAGCCUUGUUCGCUCCUGCCCCUUUUCGUUUUACGAGAACCUGCUCAAUGGGGAGGUGGCAUACACCCUCAGCAUUUACGAGGAUGAUGAUGAUUUUGUGAGGUCGCCUCAACGUCCAACCAAUGUCGAGUACAUCAAACGCAGGUGGUGGGCCACAUGGAAGAUGGCCACCGUGGCGGACGUCAACGGAUCUACAGGGUCUAUUGCGAAGCGGACACCUGCAUUGCCACCACCGUGGGCCUGGAUGGAGGAUGGUGUCGCCAGCCUCACAGUUCCGACCUUAACUGAUGAGGCAACUCGCAUUACUGGAGCCCUGGAUGGCAGCGCAGCGACAGGGGAGCAAAUUCACUCUCACUUUGUCAUCAAUGCGACGGAUUGCAUGAGUGAAAUGAUAUCUUCCACUGACCUACUAUUCUUCUCCUCCAUUUCCGAAGUCGCCACCUCCACUGGCCUCUCUAACGACACGGCAGCGAUGCAUCGGGAGUCUGCGGCGCAGUGGACAGUGUGCAGGGGGAUGAUUGCCAGGUGCCUCGAAGUUAACACUGUCGCUUGGCACAACUUUUGGAGAGCCAGCGGUUGCGGGAUUCAAGCGAGAGCGUCCUACUCCACCAAUAACACUGCAUAUGAACUCGACAUGGGAAAUGAGCGUGACAACCAUGGAGGUUCGUUUCGUUGUUGCCUUGGUUCCCCAUGUGUUUGCGAGUCUAGUGUAAUGACUGAAGUCCUUCUUUCCAACAUUACACUGCUUGUGAAUGCAGCUGCCAAUUUUUGCGGCUUUUCCAUCUCCAGCACCUGCAUUUACGCGAUUACCUCUGCCACUGUCCUUCGCACAACUACUGCCUGUCACCUUCUUUUCACAACACGACCGCAUUGCGUUAUGAUGUCUGGAUGA